UGUGGAGUCGGAUCACGACCAAAAGAUGCCGCCGCCAAGGCAGCUGUUGCGGUUCUCCAAUUAACUUCUGUUUCAUCAGGCAGAUCCUAUGCUCUGGAAGUGGCUGCAGCAAUCAUAAUUCAAUCAGUUUUUCGGGGUUAUUUGGCAAGAAAAGCAUUGAAUGCAUUGAAAGGGCUGGUGAAAUUGCAGGCACUGAUAAGGGGGCAUUUGGUGAGGAAACAGGCGGCGGCUACACUAAGGUGCAUGCAAGCACUCAUUACAGCUCAGGCCAGAGCUCGAGCCCAGCGACUUAAAAUGGCUGAGGAUCAAGAAAACCAGAGGAUAUCACUUCAUAGAAGAUCUACACAAGACAAUAACAAAUUCCAUCCCUCACCAUAUCAAGAACUUGAUAGAGGGAUGCUGGAUGACACCAUCAAGAUUGUGGAGAUGGAUCUAGGAGCAACACCAAGGGCAAACCGAGACCACAUAUUAUCAACGUUAAAUGGGCCAUACCCAAAGCAUGAAGCCCAACACCAUAUCUCUCCAGCCCCAUCCGGCAUGACGGAUCAAAGCCCAAGAGUCUACAGUGGACACUACGAGGACUACUCAUAUUGCACCCCACAAAGCAGCCCACAUUGCCACUCCAAGCCCACAACCCCAAUUCUCUAUGGAUCUGACUCACUUUACCACGAAUACCCAUUUUACCCCGGCUAUAUGGCCAACACUGAGUCUUCUCGGGCCAAAGUCCGGUCACAUAGCGCCCCGAAGACCCGGCCCGAAACGUUCGAGCGGCAGCCCAGCAAACGUAGACCGUCCAUUGAGGGGAAGAACUUGCCGAGAGCGAUCCGGAUGCAACGGUCCACAUCUCACGUGGGGUCCACGCCCCAGAGUUACCAUUAUCCGUGGUCAAUCAAGCUUGACCGGUCAAAUAUGUCGCUCAAGGAUAGCGAGUGUGGGUCCACCUGCAGUGUUCUCACCACUAAUACGAUGUACAGCAGACAUGUGGUUGGCUUUGAUGUACAGGGAAAUAGGUACUAAUUACUUGAUAAACAAGAACGUGAGAAGAAAGUACAAGUAAUGAACUGAAAAGGAACAUUGUCAUGACUUUGUAACGCUUUGCUCACUACAGUUUGAAUAUUUGAUCCUCUUUGAUGUGGCGUCCAGUGUAUAAGUUUGAUAAAUGGUACAUUAAGCAUUGUGUAUAUUGUACAACUUUGGUAUCUCUAGUCAAUUAAUUUAUACUUCGUAUACGUUAAUAAUAUUGUUCCACGAGUUCAGCUUCCAUUUCAAAAUUAAGUUGUCUCUAAUUCCACUUUUCACUGUGAAUUACAUAUAUUGUCAAGGGUCCACAGUCCAGCAGCCUAAAUAAAUUUCGAAAGUUUGUG